UCGGAACUUUCCUAACAAAAGGCGCCCUGUUACAGCUCCCGAUUCUGUAAAUGUUGCUUUUUUGCUUAUGAUCCAUUAUGCACCAGUGAAAACCAGUUUUGAAGUUGUUCGCCAGUUUUAAUCUGUUAUCAGUUUCCUUUAUUCUCGAGAGAGACGCAUUUAGCGGUGCGUAAGUUAACACGUUGUUCUGGGAAUUAGGUGCGAACCGAGGACCAAGAGGGUUGAAGUUCAAGCUAUUAUCAACGUGCGUUAGUUUCGAAGUGUCGUAGCGUGACAUUCACAGCAUUUGUAAUAUUUGCGAAUGUUGAAUAUUCCACGAGGUUAAUUGAGUCGCCACAAAACUGACAUCGCCAUCGACAACAGCACGCGUCAGAUACAGUAACACUUACAUAAAACCAACUCAAGAUGCAUUCGGAGUCCAGGCUUGGAAACCAUGAGUACCGUAACUGGAUUGAAGUGGGGCAAUUCCUGUUGUUUCUCUCAGAUGUCAUACACUCUCAUUUAGCAACGGAGUUCAAUGCGUUCUACGACGCCUUAACAGUCAUGGUAGGGUCUGGAACAAAGUGCCACUGUACGUAUGCUCCCCGAAAACAUAACACGCACAGCUGUAAGUGGGCUCAAGCCAUCGCGAGUUAUCACCGAUGUCCAUCAAAGAUCACUUGGUGGGUUUCUGACAAUUCUAAAUGGGACGAUUCUGUAUUGGGACCAAUGGAAAUCGCUCGGCUUUACUCCGGUGAGAAAUCCGUGGGCGGCUUACGGUAUUUACAGCUUAUUCGGCGAUGUUCCUAUUUUAACGUCUCAGAAAGGUCUCUCAGUGACAUUAUUGAUGUUUGGAAGAAUGUCUGGGGAAAUGCACCCGGUCAGAGCAUUGGUCACGAGGAGAAACUUCGGGCAGUUGAUGUAAUAACGAAAGUUCUGCAUGAAUCUUGGUUUAGAGGGGAUCCAAACACCAAGAAAGCCUUGAAAGACAUCCAAUCAGUCGGAUUCUGGGAUUAUUCCAAGCUUCAAACAGCUGAAGUAAAUGUGAUGCGUAAUUACCGAGAGCUACUAGAGAACAAGAGACAGAAAAUGGCUGAAGACAUCAUUUACGUAAACACAAAACUGGAAAACGCCGAAAGUCUGUUGAAAACCGCGCGAGAUCCGGACCAACGCACAGCAGUACCUCUGCGGGAAUCUUUCUUAUUGUGUUUAUUUAACUUUGUUGCAGUUAAUUUCAAACUUUUUACAAAGAGUCGACAGAAUGUUCAUCACCAUUUGAUGGAAGCUCUUUGUGGUUUUCUUUACUGGUUCACGUUCUACGUUUACAUUAUUCUUAUUUUAGCCUCCAUCUGUAUUCUUGUUGGAGGUUUAGCAGCAACUUUUGCUGCUGUUAGUUGCAGUCUUUAUGUGAAAACCUUCAAACAAGUUUGAACAAAGGCAACAGCCUUUAGCUUUCAUGCCCAUUUAUUUUAUAAAUGCGAUAAAUUGUUUACCGAAAGCAUGUGGCUUUUUUUACUUAAAACCAAAACCAAAGUAAUCACUCUGACCAAUCACAAAGGAGAAAGGCAAUCCGAUGAACCAAUUCAAAAUCGAAGUAUAGCUGACGCGAAGCGCAGGAAAACGUCAACGAGCGAAUUAGGGUUUUACACAUUGUGUUUAAAUUUUUCACUAUUAUGCUAAUGCUCGAUGCUUAAAAAUCUCACUAUUAUACUCAAAAGGCGUCACUAAUAUUAUGUUGCCAAAAAUAUUAUAAUAUUUACCCUUAACGCCUAUUAUAUAUAUAUCGGAAGCACGAAGAACGGCUCAAAGUAAUUCUCCAUUGCUUCUAACUUGGGUAUUGCAAAAUGAUUUUCUUGUAAUUAAAAAUCUAACUCUGAUGUAGCAGAAGAGGGUUGAAUUAGCAAAACCUGUUGACAUGUGCUGUAUGUACUGUGUAUAGUCAAGUGGCUGGUGCUCAGUUUUCUCGUGGCCUACCCAAGACCCCCCAACUAUCAGCCAGUUUUUGUCACUAGUGACCUCGUGCUCAGUUCUUUUCCCCGACUACUGUGCUCAACUUAAUGCGGCUAUGAUAUGUAAAACCCGAGAACGAAUGGAUCUCUUCGGCGAUACGGCGGCCAUUUUGAAUUUUGUUGUUUCAAAUAGCUAUUAUGGGAUGCUCAGGGGGCAAAUUAGUAUGUCUUUGCCCAUAAGCAUCCCAUAAUAGGUGAAGCAAUAGAAUUCCAAAUUGCCGCCGUAUCACUGAAAAGGUUCAUCACAAUUAGUUUUGGUUUAUCUUCUUACUGAACGAAAAAGUGGCGCGAGUUUUCUAACCCAAUCGCAUAGCGUAGUCAUGUAAAAGCAAUUACUUUCGACAAUCAAGAGAAAACCGCUAUAACAGAUUCCAUGUUGCCGUGCGUCUGUUCAAUAAUAGAUCACAGAUGAC